UUUCGAUUCAGUUGAAAGUUUUACUGUUAACAAUCUAGCGUUUAACUAGUAAAAAAAUGAAUUUUCUCUGGAUACUUUUACUCGCUUUAAAUGGACUUAUAAGCCCAGCGCAAAGUGGAACGUUCACGUUAGAAUUAGAAAAUUAUGCUUCGUCCGAAUUGCGAAAGCCUCGGUCCGGGGCGAGCGGAAACUCUACUGUUUUGCUGAAACAAGGACAAAUGGUACAGUUGGAAAUCUGCGUAAGUGAGGUGAUGAAUAUGAGCAUACGUAAUGUCAUUUACUCAAAUGACGGCGACCGUGAUUCCGUGAGGGUGUCAAUCGACGGUCAACACGCUGGGUCGUUUGUGACACAGCAUUUAUCAGAGAAUGGGAAUGGUUGGAAUAAAUUCAAAUCCAUCGGGUCUAUGCCAGGAAAAGCGAAAUUGGACAUUGGUAAGCAUUCAAUCACAUUUGAAGCAACGGAGACCGACCAGUGGGGUGUGGAAAUUGACAAUGUUGUCCUGCUUUUUGACGAUGACCGGUUAAAAUACUCGGACAUUGUGUGUAAUCGGAAUUGCUUUGAUAUCAAAUACGACGAUGUCCCAAGAAUGGACUCCAUACCAAGCGGGCGGUUUGUCCAGAAGUCGGUUUCAACUCAAUGUAGUGAGCAGGAUAAUAUAAAAAUUGAGGUGUACCACGACACGGCCAAAGAUUUUGAUAUCACCGCGACUAAACCAAAAUACCAAAGCUUUACGAACAACAGAGAUCCUGAUUAUGAUCAAUGUGUUUUACCAAGCCCCUAUUGGGUUUUCAAAGAUAAUGUCAUAGCCCCAAACACGGCGGAGACAAAAUAUGAUAACGCGUCUUUGACGUUCUCGGGAACAAAAGAUACUGUGAAUGUGAAUGUUGCUUUUAGUUUCAAAAAGAUUACACCCUCGAGGGAAGUUGACGAACGGUUAAUGAGUACAAAUCUGUUUAUAAAGCUUAGAAAUCUUCCAAAGGAAAACUGUAAAAUAAAACUCGAGUAUAUGCAGGGCAAAUGUUGGCAAGACUUGGAUGAACUCGAAUUCUCACCAUUAAGCACUGAGCACACGUGGCUGAUUCCAUCCCAUUCGUGGUCUCCAAGCAGCGUAAACGAAAUCCGUCUGGCUGUAAAGCCCGGUCAACAGCAAGUGGUAUUUGAUACAAUCAGGCUAGAUGCAAGGAGACCGAGAGACGAGACGAUAGAACUGUACGCUAGCGCGAACGUCGUGUACCAAGGUGUCCGUCUGGGCUUCUGGCAACACUGGAAUGAACAUCCGGCCUCCAUGACAGUAUACGUCCAGGACGGAAUUCAUCCGGUGGAGUUCACAAGGGUGGACAGCAUUCGCGUGUACACCAAGGUUCCGUGGACUGGCGGUUACGCGCAGGUGCUCGUUUUGUUCCAAGAUGGUCGCAACCGGAUACAGACAAUUACCCCUCAUGGGCUUGAUUAUAUCCCCUUCGGAGCGUCUAUUUACAUUGGUCAGCCCCAAAAUACGAGUGACCACCGCCCAUACUGUCCUAUUUCACUUGUAUCAAUUGAUCCGAAAUCCAACCGCUUGGUUUUGACAUAUUACAACGGCAACACAGCAACGCUGGAGUUCGAAGUCUCAUCCAUUGGAACCAGACUUAAAGUAAGGGACAUCAACUUCAAGAGCUCAAGAGUUUCUCGCCCAAUCAUGACUUUCCGUUCCAUGUGGGUAAAAGAUGGACAAGCGGAUACCGAUCACGUUACUAUAAAUGGUAACAUUUCCCACCAUAUUAGUUCAAACUGGAAUGAGCUUUAUGGGAAUUCAGCGGUGUUCUUUCGGAAAUGUAUUUCGACGCAUAAUACCCAGGCUCCAGACAUAACGAUCAAGUUCUUAUCAAUGGCGGACUUUUAAUCCAAGCAUUGAGAGUGCUUAAAGGGGCAAUGCCUUAAUCACAUCGAUGGUUUGCUGUCUAAUUCGAAAACAGUAUUGCCUUAAAAUUAAAACAUAAAACCGUUGGUUCAAAUAACAAUAUGAUCAUUUCAAAUCAGCGAUAUGUACAUGUAUGACAUUGAGCCAACCGCGUCGAUAGUCUUACUUUCGUUGUUGAAUUAUGGUUGGUCUCGAAAGUGUUGUAGACGCUGAUAUUCGAACGUUAAAACAACACGUUACUUGAACUUAAGUCUUAGGCUUACAUCAAGUAUGAAUACUUCCAAAUAACACUUAUUAUCUCUGACGUAUGAAGAAAAGCUCAGGAUUUUGAACAUCUCAUACUAAACCAAUUUCCAAUCUUCAAGUCCCCAUUAUUUUUGUAUAUUUAUAUAAACCUUUUAUAGAAUUAUAAUGUUUUUGAAAUGAAAAUGUCAAAACAUAAAUAUUAUUGUUAAAGUCACACUCUUAUUCAAAUUCAAUACAUAAUUAUGCACAACAAACAUAAUUUUUGAGUGAUACACCUUUAACUACUUACUAAAUAAUGCAUUGGAAAAAUAUUAAUUACUGACAACAUAUCAAAUAAAUAUAUAUGUAUUGUAAUACACUAAUUAACAUCAAUGGGUUAGGGAAUAUCCUAAUUUGUAAUGGACGUAUAUGUACCAUGUGUAUGUGACGAUUUAACUAUAUAAACGUAUCUGUGUUGUGCAGCGUUAAACUGGCGUUUCUUAUCUAACACAUUGCAACAUUAUAGCAGUAUUUAUUUACAUUUGUUUUAAAAAUAUGUAAGUAUAUGGUCGUAGUUGUUUACACAAACACACCUUUGAUAUAUAAGCGUGUCCUUCAUUCUUUUGUGAUACUGCCGCCGAAACACAAAUAUCAUAUGUUCAUGUUCUCGUUUGGAAUAUUGAGUGGAACUAUGGCGGGAAGCCGUCUGGAUAACCUUGGUUUUUGCGUAUCAUCUUUACAAAUGAAAUGGUUUCAUUGCCUAUUUUGUUGUUGUUUGAUUUUAUUUUGUAAAGGCAAUUGGUCAUGUUUUCACGACAUAGUUUUUAUCACUAUUUUUUCGACGGGGAAAAGGCAUUGUUUCUCACUAGUAAACGUUGAACUGUCGUCGUCCAUUGUUAAUGCAUUUACCUCGAAGCCUUUUCUUUUUAAAUCCUGAAGGCAUUCCAAUGUCAAGAAAGGCUCCAUUGCUUUCGAAGAGCCCGUCCAGUUCUUCCCGCAUUAGUGCUUCGUUGCUGGAAUUUAUGAUUGCAUUCUUGCAAAAUCUACAUUUUUUUUAGCAAUACAAAAGCUCAAACAUUUCUUUGAAGAUUUGCCGACAAUUGUCACGUGCCCUGAUGAAAAGAAGAAUAUAUGCA